AACCCCUAGUUCAAUUCACAUGACUUGCAGUUACCUCAGUAUAGAAGUAUUCUUAGACGAGAUAUAUUAAUACAUGUACAACAAUGGACACAUCGGGCUCAUUAUUCGUCUUUAGCAUCUUCAUUCAUUUUCUUCCGUAUGUCUCGGCCAAACCGCCACAUAUUCUUUUCAUCGUGGCAGACGACUAUGGUUGGAACGAUGUUGGAUUUCGCAACCCAGACGUCCUCACCCCAAACAUCGAUAAAUUAGCCCACAGUGGGAUGGUCCUGAAUUCAUCUUACGUAAUGCCGGUCUGCACACCGUCAAGGAAUUCAUUCAUGACUGGUCAUUACGCCUUUAAAUCUGGAUUACAGCAUCUUGCGAUUCUUCCAAAACAAGCCGCUUGUGCCCCUCUAAACUAUACAUUUUUACCUCAGAAGUUGAAGGAACUUGGUUAUGCUACUCAUGCGAUUGGAAAGUGGCACUUGGGAUUUUGUAAAUGGGAGUGUACCCCUACAUAUCGAGGAUUUGACACAUUCUUUGGAUUUUACAAUGGCCAGGAAGACUACUAUACUCUCAGUGUCGCCGGGGGUAAAGACUUUAGAGACAAUAGAACACCUGUAAAUGCAACAGGUGAAUACUCCACAUUUCUGUAUGCCCGGAGAGCAGAGUCUAUAAUUAAGGAACAUGAUGCGUCCAAACCCAUGUACAUGUACUUGCCUUUCCAAUCAGUGCACGAACCCCUUCAGGUCCCUCAGAAGUAUAGUGACAUGUACUCUAAGGUACAUACAGAAUCCCGUCGGACCUACCUGGGUAUGGUAACUGCAAUGGAUGAAGCUAUCGGCAACAUUACAAAAGCUCUAAAGACAAAGGGAAUGUUCAACGACACUCUCAUCAUUUUUACUGCUGAUAAUGGCGGUUGGAUUACCUACGCUGGAAAUAAUUACCCUUUGAGGGGUGGAAAGGCAACGGUAUUUGAAGGAGGAACUAGAGCAACUGCCUUUGUGUCCGGGGCAGGAAUUCAAAAGUCUAACUAUGUAUAUCCAGGAAUGAUUCAUGCAGUGGAUUGGAUGCCAACAGUGCUUCGCGCUGCAGGAGGAACACCAGACCCGACAUUGGAUGGCAUCGAUCAGUGGGAUAGUCUACGAACAGCAGGGGAAUCAAAACGAACCGAGUUUAUCUACAACAUCGACGAUUUAAGGCCGGAGAUCUGUGGUCACGCUGCCAUUAGGAUGGGUGACUACAAGUUGGUCGAUGGUUUUCCUGGGUUUUACCAAGGUUGGUACAAGCCAGACCAAGUAGACUAUGGCCUGUAUGAAGAUGUAUCGACAAACUACACGCGCCCAUUUUUCGACAAAGUUAUGCUUUUCAACCUUAAGGACGAUCCUAAUGAACAUGUCGAUUUAUCCAAGAAGCACCCAGAUAUAGUUAAGAAAUUGAAGUCGAGACUCGAGUACUAUCACAAACAAAUUGUUCCUGCAAAUUUUCCCAAAAAUUCGGCAUCGUCUGCCCCAACAAAUUACGGUGGAUUUUGGACACCAGGCUGGUGUUAAUGUGAUGUAGUCUGAAAGCGUCUGUGGUUUCGUUCUUUUACAUAUUCAUCUUGAAUAUCUAGAGUUUUACAUGACAUAAGGAUUAUUUGAUUGAUCAUAUAUUUGUUUUUAUAAAGUAAAGUAGAAUGUCAUUUACUGUUACGUUUUCUUAAUACAUUUGUAGGUACAUGAGCAGGCAUGUGUUGAAUAAAUGUGUUUGAAUUUAUUUAGUCACUGGCAGUCGUGAUUUAUGUAUAACCAUUUGACCCCAGAGAAAACUUUCGUUUUCGAAAAAAAAAUUUGACAUCAUUUAUGAAAUUAUAUCUCUCAACAAAAAAACCUGUCCAACAUAAAGGCUUACACUUUUGGCACAUAAUUCUUAUAUUCAUGUACACAUGGGAUUUUUUUCUUCAGAAAUAGAACUUGUAAUU